GGAAAAGACAAUAAGUGGAUUUUUAGCUAUGUAGCUAGCAAUGGCAAAAGCUUCCAACCUGACGAGGACAGAGUUGGACUCAUCAUUUGAAAGCAAUUUGUCAGUUUCUAGCCGAACUUCUAACAGAAGUUUGCGAGUGGCAGAGAAAGAAAGAAGAAAGAACCAGACUGGGGAUCCAUUUGUACUUGCGCUGAAGUACUUCUCAGAAGGUAGCUAGGGGAGCUAACGUUAGCUAGCCAGCGAGUAUACUAUUGCUUGCAGAAGGCAAGCGUAGCUAACGUUAAUGUUGUAGCUGACGUUACCUUUUAACCAAAGUGAACUAGUUAUCUGACCGUAUGGCAGCCCAGCUUCUUGCUAUGUCAACUUGCCAGACCCCGCCAAGACUUCUUGUUUUGGAAACACCCGUUUACUUAUCUUUGGGACAUAACAUAGGAACAACCAAUACAUAGACUGCCGAUGUUGUGUUCCAAAGUUACCUUUUACUGUAACUUAUUUAGCUAACGUUAGUUAGCUAAUGCAUAACCAGUGUGGGUGGGGUAUAGCUAGACUGAACAAGGAAAGGAAGGUAUGGCGUAUGCACAAUUUGCUAGUCAUCAUUUCGUUACAAGUACAACAAUUGCAUAUAACUAAUUUAUUAUUCAACAUAUGUAUUUAUGUAUUUAAUGCUAACGUUAAUCACACAUAAACAUUAAGAGGAUAGCUAGCUAGCUAAGGUUACAUGUAACGUACAAAAUAUAUAUAAUCGUGAUUGGAAAUUUUACAGCUGGAUGUUAGCUACUAACAUUGUUUGUUAUGAAUUAAGUGCAUUGGAAUUGAAUAGCUAGCUAGCUACAGUAACUAAAGUGCAUCCAGUCACAGAAUGUCCAUGAUUUCAGAUGAGUUGUUUAUUUUUUUCCUAGUGGAGGCAGGUACACAAUGCUUCGGGAACGAUGUGUUGGAGAGGAACCUGGUGCUGGUGGAGAGAGUGGGGCUCAGUCGAGGACUCCCUCCUGAAGCCAUCUCUGUCAUGCUGGACUAUGCUAUGAGCUUGCGUAUGGGUACGAACAACCAGCAGCCACUGCAGCUACAGACUGACCUGAAAUAUAGAUUUACACUGAUGAAUUAAUUUGACCAUACAUAACAUUUCAGCGCUUUGCUCUUUCUCUUGCCCUGAACAGGAGGUGUGACGUGUGUUCGGGUCCUGAAGUUUCUAAUCCCAGCAACCGUGGUGCCACAGGAGGCCGUUGUUCAAGCAGUGGCGUGGUUAUGUGUCGGCAAGAUAGCCAUCAGCACACAGGUAAAGAGCUCCUCUGUCUCAAAGGUCUGUAAGUCACACUCACAGAUUUAAAGGUUGACACUGAAGACUGACCAUAACAUUACAAUACUAGUGUCAUCAGAAUUGCUCUGUGUCCUCUUUCCCUUUACGAGCUUGAAACUGGUGUUAUGGGUGUUUUCCAGGUUAUUUUCCUUCGGUGGGUGCUAACUGUUUUUGACAUGAUUGACUCCAAGGACCAUCUUCGAGCCAUCUAUGGCUUCAUCUUCAGCUUUGUGACUGAAGAGAAUUUGGUAUGUGCAGGAGUCGUAUUCCCCCUUGCUCUGAUGAUAUCAAUGAAUGUCUUGAGUUUUUACAUUGGCAUUAGAUUGCAUUGCUAUUUAAAUAAUGAUGGAUUUGUUUUGUGUUUCAGUCUCCUUACAUCUGCCAUUUGCUCUACCUUUUGACAAGGAGGGAAAGUGGUAUGUGACAUCUUGUUACUCAAUGAACCAUUACCAUAAGGUACAAAUUGUUCCUGCAGCACAUCACUCUUAGUUUUUUCUUGUGUUUUUCUUCUGUCAUAGUUCGGCCAUUCAGAGUCAGAAAACUGUUGGACCUCCAAACAAAAAUGGUACAACAAAUGUUUUUUGUUGUUUUUUAAGAUGUUGUCAACUUAAUACAAGUGAAUGCAUGGGAGACUUCUAACAAUUGUAUUACCAUUAUGAAAUACUUUGUGAUAAAUGGCAGGGGGAGAAAAUACUUGCAUAUUGUUUGUACCUCUCUCUACAUAAUUCUCAAAAAUAGUUAAUCCUCAGUACCAUUAUCAGUAGUUGCACUCUGUGAAUGAUUGCUACAUCCAUCAAACUGAGAGUGCAGUCCCUGUGGUGAGCAUGUUGCACUGAGAGUUUCAUUAAUUUCCUCUCAUCUUCUGUCUCCCCAGGGAAGGCAGCCGUUCCUGUUGCACUUGCUGUCAUUGUACAAGGUGUUUUGCCCCGAGUUGGUGACGCUUGCUCUUCCAUCACGAAUGAGGGUUAGUACACGGAUCACACCUAGUGAUCUCUUU